AUGCUCGCGGCCCUCAGCGCGGCGCAGUGGGUGGUGGGCAAGGCGCUGGCCCCUGUGGCCGACGGCUUGCUGGAGGCUUGGGAUGCCAGCAAGCGCUUGGGUCUCAACAUCGAGGCCCUGAGGAUGGAGCUGCUGCUCGUGCAGGCCACGCUCGAGACCGCCAGCCGCAAGCAGAUCGACGGCCGGGCCAUGGAGGAUCUGCUGGGGAAGCUGGGGCGCUCGGCGCACUCCGCCGAGGACUUGCUGGACGAGCUGGACUACUUCCGCAUCCACGAUGAGCUCCACGACAUGCACGACGCCACAGACCAGCAUGCCAAGGGGUGCUUCCAUGACCUUGCCCUCAACGCUCGUCACACCGCCAAAGCUGUGCUUGGUCUAUCCGCGUGCUCUAGGCAGAGGUAUCACGGUAAUUCUUCCUCAACGCCGAGCACCAAUCAAGUUGAUGAGGACGGCGGGUGCAUGCUCAAGCUCGGUAAACUCCUCCCUUGCUCAUAUUUGCCGCAUGUUCGUGAUGAUCAUUCUGGCCAGCCAACUCACUCCGGCGCGCCACGGAGAGCAACACCAAUGCCGGGGUUUAAUAGGGUUGAUGUCUCUGAAAGAAUGAAGCGUGUCAUAGAGCAACUGCAGCCCGUGCGUACAGAGGUUACCAAGGUUCUGCAGAGUUGUGGCCAUAUGACUGUCCCAGAUAUUGCCAAGACUCGUCCCAUCACCACCGGUCAGAGUAUAGAGCCAAAACUGUAUGGGAGGGACCGUAUCAUGAAUAGCAUCAUACAUGAUAUGACCAAGGGUAAAUACCGUAGUAAGGAUCUAACCGUGCUUCCGAUUGUCGGUCCAGGGGGGAUAGGGAAGACAACUCUGAUACAACACAUAUAUAGAAACCAACAAGUUAGAAAUCACUUUCAAGUCGUUAUUUGGGUAUGCGUGUCACUCAAAUUCAAUUUGAAUAAGCUUUUGGAAGAGAUCGAAACAUACGAAGGGGAAAAAUAUGGCAGAGUUGAAGAGCUGAUUGAGCAGAGAUUAAGAUCUAAAAGGUUUUUGCUUGUACUGGAUGAUGUAUGGGAGUUUAGUGACGAGGAUGAUUGGAAAAGGUUAUUGCUGCCACUCAAAACAUCACAAGAAAAGGGUAGCAUAAUUCUACUCACAACUCGGUUUCCAAUAAUUGCAAAGAUGGUUGAAACAACUGAUCAUAUAGAGUUGGAAGGAUUAGAAUCCGAACAAUUUAGAAAGUUAUUCCUUAGAUUUAUCUUUGGUGACGGGCCCUUUAAAAGUGAUCAUAAUUUUUUGCUUGACACCGGAGAUAAGAUAAUGGAAAAACUGAAAGGCUCCCCUCUUGCUGCAAAAACUGUUGGUACAUUACUGAGGAAGUGCCUUAAUUUGCGUCAUUGGAGAAGAGUUUUAGAAAGUAAAGAAUGGGAGAGACGGACCGGUACCAAUGACAUUAUGCCUGCUCUGAAGCUUAGCUAUGACUAUCUUUCUUUUCAUCAACAACAAUGUUUCUUCUAUUCUGCACUAUUUCCAGAAGAUCACGAGUAUAGUACCACUGAGCUAAUCAAUUUGUGGAUAGGACUAGAUAUUUUACAACCUAGUACUCAGAAUCAAACAUUGGAAGAUGUAGGUUUAAUGAAUUUGAAUGAUCUGGUCACACAUGGAUUUUUCAAAGAAGAGGAAACUAAUGGCCGUGUGCGUUAUGUAAUGCAUGACCUGCUACAUGAUUUAGCACUAAAGGUUGGGUCUCAUGAAUGUCUUACAGUACAUCAUUCUAAUGUGGGGUCAGUAGAAAUUAAGCCAUCCAUUCGUCACUUGUCUAUAAUCAUUGAUGAUGAUCAUACAAUGUCUGGUGAAAGCUUUAAGAGCCAAUUGAGAAAGUUGAAGACAAGAUUGAAGGUUAAAGAAUUGCAUACUUUGAUGUUAUUUGGAGAAAUGGACGAAAGCUUUGCCCAAAUUUUGGAUUAUUUGUUCAAGGAAGCUAAUGCCCUUCGCUUUAUCCGUUUGGUUGACAUGCCGUCUUUUGCGGGGUCCACAUUACCUAACAAUUCAGCACUUGUCCACCUACGAUACCUAUGUCUGGGGACAAAGUAUACGAGGGAGAUACCGCUUGCCAUUUCUAAGUUCUAUCAUUUAAGGAUUCUAGAUCUUGGAUGGUGGCAUGGUUGUUGUGAUUUGCCGAAAGACUUGAGCAACCUUGCAAAAUUGCGUCGUUUUUAUACCCCAAGUGAUGAGCUUCACUCUCAUAUUUAUAAUGUGGGGAAACUUACACUCUUAGAAGAGUUGAAGGUAUUUAAAGUCAAUAAAGAAAGUGAAGGAUUUGAGCCAGAGCAACUAGAGCAUUUGACCGAACUAAGGGAGCUUGGCAUGUAUAACCUUGAGAAUAUACACACCAAAGAAGAAGCAACCAAAGCAAAACUGAUUGAAAAAAAUUACUUGGAGAGGUUAACAUUAGAUUGGGAUACAGAGCGGUCUAAUAGCGAGCCCGAUGUGGAAGAGGUGGUUCUUGAGAGCCUUCAACCACACAGAUAUCUUCAAGAGUUGUCUAUUAGAGGGCAUGGAGGCCCUUCUUGUCCAACAUGGCUGGGUGAUAAGCUCACUGUUGAAGCUCUUCAAUCUCUUCAUCUCGUCGGUGUUUCUUGGCAGUGUCUCCCUUCUUUUGGGAAGAUGUGGGAUUUGCAAGAGCUUCAGAUAGAGAACUGUCCAGAAUUCUUGUCAGUGGCUCAUAUCCCCUGGACUGAAACUCUUCAUUCUGUAAAAAUACGAGGCGUAAAUCUACUGGAGAAGCUUGAGUACUCAAAAUCAUCCUACAGGGUAGGAUUGGAGAUUGUUGGGAAGGGUGAUCGACAGAUGUUAGAUCAGGUGUUAGCGUUCAAUAACUUGACAGGUCUUGAGCAGCUGAUGCUAUCCGCCGGCUCGUUUUCCUCUCCUUGCUGCUUCCUUUUCCCGCCCUCUCUGCAAUACCUUAUUAUCUCCGGUGUGGAAGGUAUGGGGACACUGGAGACGCUCUCAAACCUCACGUCUCUCACCCGAUUAGUAUUGGAGAACUGUGGAGAGGAUCAAAGCUGCAAGGGUCUGGGGCCUCUCCUUGCCGCCGGGGGACAGCUCAGGGAAUUACUCGUCUAUGGCAGCCCUAGAUUCUUUGUUGGAUGGGAUCCCAAUCCCAGGCGGGUGCUGCAGGAUGGAGGAGGAGAAGGGCAUGAGCUGCUCGCUUCCUCCCCGAAUUCAUCCAAACUGCAGGAGCUUUGUACGGAUGAGGCCAUGGGACUCCUUGCUGCGCCCAUCUGCAGCUUCCUGUCUUCCUCCCUCGCUCGCCUGCAUCUCUAUGGGAACCAAAAGAUGAAGUGCUUCACCAAGGAGCAAGAGGGCGCCCUUCACCUCCUUGCCUCCCUCCAGGAGCUCGAGUUUUCGAUGUUCGACAAGCUUCAGAGCCUCCCUGCAGGGCUGCACAAGCUUACCGGCCUCAAACGAUUGGAGGUCCGCUCAUGUCCGUGCGUCCGGUCGCUGCCCGAGGAUGGCCUCCCCGAAUCACUGCAACAGUUAGAUGUGUGGCUCUGCAACAACGAGGAGCUAAAACAGCAGUGCAGGGGGUUAGCGGGAACCAUCCCAAAAAUCAAUUAG